UUGCACACCCAGGACACACAGGCACACUGAGCUGUGCCAGCAGAGAACUGCAGCUGCCUGGUUUGUCUCCUGUGUGGUAACGCUGUGUUUGGCCCUGGAACAAGGGACAGUUUGGGGCACCCCUAGACUAGCCCUGGGGGCAGGCCAGGUUCCUUGGUACUGCCAGUCAGUGGCAAGUCAAAGAUGGCAGCACUGGGGAGGUGCUUUGGCCUUGCAAAGAGAGGAGGAGAGUAGUUUAUUCUUCUUAUUUGUGAGGUUUUAGAAGGCUAGGGAAAAUCCCUGUUGUAAAAUCAUACCACCUCUCCUCCGAGGAGCAGAAGGUUCCCAGAGUCUGCACAACGCACCGUGGAGCCACUUAUGUUGAUGCCUGUUGGAUUUGAUCUGAUUUGCUGUGCCCCUGGAGGUUGAGAUAAGAUCAUUAGGAGGCAAAUCUGGUUCUUGUGAAAGGAUACAUCAAGGAUACAGGAGAGCUGCUGGAAAUGUGUAAGAACUACCGAGUGCUGUCUUCAGCUGAGGAACUGAGUGUGACAGUGAUGAGUCACUGGGGUACAUCAGCUGCUGAAUUUGUUUUCUUGCCAUCAACUUGCUAAGGCUGAAAGAAGCUCUGUGUGCAUUCAGCUUCCUCCUCACACUGCUCCACCUUCUCUCUUUACAUCUGCUCCAGGGCUGAGAAGCUUCUGAGUGGCGCGAUAAUGUUUAUGAAUUUAGCGUAUCCAUUUCCUCACUGGGGGCAUCCCAGGCCCCCACACAGAGCAGCUGUUACAGAAAACCUGCAGAGAACUCUGUCACUUGUCUGCUGAGAAGCCCAGCAGAGCAGAUCACAGAAUCACAGCAUCAUUUAGGUUGAAAAAGGUCUCUGAGGCCUCUGAGAUCAAGUCCAGUCUUUGACCGAUCCCCUCCUUGUCAACCAGACCAGAGCACUGAGUGCCAUGUUCAGUUGUUUCUCUAACACCUCCAGGGAUGGAGACUCCACCACCUCCCUGGGCAGCCUAUUCCAAUGUUUAACAAUGCUUUCCAUGAAAAAAUUCUUCCUGAUGUCCAACCUGAACCUCCCCUGGCACAGCUUGAGGCCGUUUCCUUUGCUCCUGUUACUUAGGAGAAGAGACUGUCACCCACCUUGCUACGACCUCCUGUCAGGGAGUUGUAGAGAGCAAUAAGGUCACUCCUGAGCCUCCUUUGCUCCAGGCUAAACAACCCUUCUCUCUCAGCUGCUCCUCAUAAGCCUUACUCUCUAAUGGAGACCUCCCUCCCCAGAUGGAGCACUGGGUGCCACGUCAGGACCUGACUCUAUUUCCCCUCUACCUUUACCCCCCAUGUGCACAGAGGAGAUGUGCAUCACCCAGUGUGUGCACCACGUGAUGUUAGUGCAACUGUGGGAGAUGAGGCAUCCAGCUCCAGCUGAGCCACGAGAAAAAUAGCAUUUACUGAUGCUUCCAGGCUGCUUGUGUGGCGAGUGAGUCAAGGUCUGGCACAGUGUGGUCCCCAGGCUGGCACCUGUGCAAGCCUAAAAUUGUGGCUGACGUGAAUCUGCUGACUCCAGUAGGUGUGGACAGCUGGUGGACGUUUUGGAUCUUUUCUUAAGAAUAAUUUGGUGCAGUUGUUUCCCUCCCCCUGCACACACAGAGUAAACUUCAGAGAUCUGCAUCCACCACAUUUUUUCACUCAGACAUAUGUGCCCAAGGGAACCUUUCCUUGGAUGGCUGCACUUGGAACAACGUUGCUUUUCUUAUUCUCACAGGUACAGCAGGUGCUGUGCCUGCAGGUAAGGGCAAGGCCUUGUUCAAAAAGCUGAAGUCAUGUCUAAACAAGGAAAAGGACCUGCAACUUGAAUGUGAGCAUGUGAUAAAGCAGGCCAAGAAAUAUCCUGAGAAGCAACUUGAAAGGCAAUACCAGUCCCUGAAACAUUGGCUGGAGACUGCUGAAGUCAGAGAUGGUGGGGGCAGAGAGCAGGAACACUGGGAUAGGUCAGGCUAGAGCCAGGAAAUGCUGCCCUGUGUGGCUUCCCAGCUGAGGAGCUCAGAGAAGGUCCAAUACCCGACAUCUUCCUGAGGCCACAUUCCUAGAAGAUCCACCUCAAGCUGAUGGGUGAGAAGAUGUUACCUGGCACACAGCCUGAGUAACAGCAAACCUUCAACCACCUGGCAGGAGUUAAUUCAUAGUAAGGGGAGUUCAACUACCAACCGUGGAAUGCCAUUUUUUUGUUUCAAAUCAUCUUGUUACCAGAAAAAUUUAAGACAGUUCCAAGUGGGAAUGUGAGGAGCUACAGCCCUCUGUAGUCUGACUGGUCAUAGUGGUAGAGAGAAUAAUACAUGAUGGAAUUGCUGGAAACAGAUACAAACAUCAUCAGAAAGAGUUCCCAUGGGUGGUCUGUGGGGAAGGGAUGUCUCACUCUGCUGGAUUUACCCCAGAGCUGGUGAGCACAUGCAGCAGAGAGGACCUGCACCCUCUUCAGCUCUGCAAAGGCUUUCAGAAGGGUCCCUCAGCAGCCUGGGGAACCCACCUGAGGUGACCAUGAGAGACCAACACAGAUUGUUUGCAGUUGUGUGUUGUUGAAGGUGCCCCAAACAGGGGGAGGGAAAGGCAGAUGGCAAAAUCAGGCAAUAGUGAAGGUUUCUGGUGAUGGUGUUGCAGACUGGCUGCUCCAGUUCAGGGCACCAGGACACUGGCAGAACUCAGGUGGAGCUGAGUGUGGAGCAGAGCAACGUGGGGCACGUGAGGAAGUGUCUGGGGGUGCUGGGCUGUGUGUGAGUACUACAGAAUCACUCUGGGGAGUGGAGAAUCAGCUUCCUGCUUAGUAUGUGAUGGUUCCAAAUGCAGACAGGAUAGGGGAUGUUGCUGGGCAAGAUGGAGGAACCAAAACUGAGACUGCUGGGGCCCUGAAGGUGCCAGAAGAUCUUCAUGGCUGUGGACAGUCUCCUCCGGGACCUCCAUCCACACCCUCUGUCAGGGGUCAGAGCUGAUUAACAGGGGAGGGCUUUGUAGCCUGAGAAGGAGAAGCCUGAUAGAAAGAGGGGGCAAGAGAGAUGCCCCUGCUGAUAUUGUCACCAGGUAGGGACUUUAGCCAUCCAUGCAGCAGUGUUGUGGCAGUUUCAAACUAUGACAAGUGUGUAAUUGAAACCAGCCACCUCCUCGACACCCACUGAAAUACUUGUGCUAGGACAUCUCACCCCACCUCCAAGCUCACAGGCAGGUCAGAACAAGUGACACUAUUUCACCCUAAUCUGUCACACUCAUGGAAUUGAGCAGGAGGUGGGGACAGAGAGUGACGAGCUGUUGAGAUGGGAAUCCUGAUUUAGCAGUGAGCUUUAUGCCUUGCUGCUACCUGCUUGCUGCAGGCAGCCUCUGCUUUCUGUGCCCAACAUCUUGACCAGAAUGGGAGUGUCAAGGGGGUUCUGGCACCAUGAAUUCUGGCUGCCACCUGGAGCUACCUGGGAGGACUUGAAGGAGUCUGCAGACACACACUACCCGCAGCCUCAGGACCUCCUGCUCUGCAUCCCUGGUGCCCUGCUUUUGAUCUUUGUCCGAUGCCUCUUUGAAAGAACUGUGGCUCUGCCCCUGGGCAGGGGGUUGGGUGUGAGUGACAAGCAGAGGCCCAAAGUUCAGCCCAACGCCACGCUGGAAAGCUUCUACGUCCUGCUGGGCAGAACCCCGAAGGAGGAGGACCUGAUUUCACUGGCCAAGCAAAGUGACCUGCCCAUCAGAAAGGUGGAGACCUGGUUCCGGCACCGGCGGGCCCAGGACCACCCCAGGCUGAUGAAGAAGUUCUGUGAGGCCAGCUGGAGAUUUACAUUCUAUUUCACCUCGUUCUUCUCUGGCCUGGCUCUUCUGUACGAUAAGCCCUGGUUUUGGGACCCCACCUUGUGCUGGUUGAAAUUUCCACAACAGCCUCUCCCACCUGCACUGGGCUGGUUCUACCUCCUGGAGCUCUCCUUCUACUGCUCACUUGUGGCCACUCUGCCCUUUGAUGUGAAGAGGAAGGACUUUAAGGAACAGGUCAUCCACCACAUUGCCACCAUCACGCUGAUCUUUGUCUCCUACUGUGCCAACAUGAUCCGGUUUGGGGUGAUGGUCAUGCUGGUCCAUGAUGCCUCCGAUUAUAUUUUAGAGCUUGCCAAGAUGCUUCAUUACCUGAAGUGGCAGCGGGUCUGUGACGCUGUUUUCGUUGCUUUUGCUGUGGUUUUCAUCCUCUCCCGGCUUGUCAUUUUCCCACUGAUUGUAUACUAUUACUUUGUGACAAAGCUUCCCUUGUUCCCCAUAAGCUGCCUGAUAAAUGCUUUCCUGGGGGUCCUGCAGCUGCUACACAUUUUCUGGUCCUAUCUGAUCAUCCACAUGAUCUUCAGUGUCAUCCUCCGUGGUGGGAAAAGACAAGAUGCCAGAAGUGACACUGAAGAGAGUGACAGUAGUGAAGCAGAGGAUCCAGCAAAGAACCAAGAAUAACUCAGGGCUUGCUGCAGAACACCAGGAGCCAGGCAGACUCUGGAGUGCAGGAAGGCUGAACAGAAGCUGAGGGAGAGGCCUGACAAGCUCACAGAGGCUUCACCACAGUCUGCCUGAGGCAGCAUCCACUGUCUAGGUGGAGGUGAAUUUCUUCAUCAUGUUUAUAGGCAGUUAAGUCCCUUCAGGGGAUAUUUUCUACAAUUCCCUUGUUAGGACCAUUCUUUUACUACUACUCUAUGAUGUCCAUGUUGGAAAAAAAAGGGUCUGCCAGCCAAAGUCUCACUCUGAAAAGAGAAGAGGGGUUGAACAAGCUGCUGAAGUUAUGACACCCAUCUACACUUACCUCAAGGUCUUCCCAAAAGAUUAAUGAGACAAUAAAUUUCAACUGUGGAAGAUUUAAAUUAUUUGCAAUUUCAGAAAACAGUGACUCCAGCUCCAGCCACUUUAUGAAAGGACUUGCAUGUGAAAGGCAUUGGCUUAAGUGGCAAAUAAGUUUUCACUUCUGCAGCAUAAAAUGGUCAGGCUCUGGGAUAAACCAUUUCUGCAAAUAAAGCCUGGACAACUGAUAGAA